AUGACAAAUAAUGCCAUCUUUAAAAAUUCUGGGCAGAGAGCAAAUGGUCAUGAACACACUCAGUUCAGCACAUUAAGAAUGACCAUGCCUUUGAUUCAAAGUGGUUCAUUGAAUUUAUUUCCUUCAAAUUCAACCACUGAUAUUGAUUUAGAAUCAAUUAGGCAACAAACUGAUGAAAGUAGGUACAAUAUGGUGAACAUGUUGACACAACAAAUGUCAACUAUGUUUAAUCCUCUCAUUCAAAAUACUCAACACUUGACUCGACAAUUGUGUCGAAUUGCUGAUGUUCUUGGAGCACCGCCUUUAAACCAAACGUUCCAGCAAGUUCCUGAUUACGGUCAAAGUGUGCCUCUAAAUUUUACUCAACGUGAAGUUCAGAAUUUUAGUCAAAAUGAGCCUCAAAAUUUGACUCAAGAUCAUAAUUUUGUUCUUCAAGCAGAACUACCAAGGGGAGGAAAGGUUCCAAAAGUUACUAAAUUUUCAGGAGACACAGGUGAAUCAACUGUUGAGCAUAUUGCAAGGUACCAACUUGAAAUUUGUGAUCUUGCUAACAAUGAACUGUUGAAAAUGAAAUAUUUUCCAAGUUUCUUGACGAAAAAUGCUUUCACUUGGUUUACUACUCUACCUCCUAAUUCAAUCCAUAAUUGGAAUGAAUUGGAGAUGGAUUUUCAUGAGCAAUUCUUUAGAGGAGAAACCAAAGUGACAUUAAUGGACUUGGCUAAUGUUGAGAGGCAACCAAAUGAGCCAAUUGAUGACUACUUAAUUCGAUUUAGGCAUAUGGAAACUAGAUGUUCUACUCAUGUGCCUGAAUUCGAAUUAGUAAAAAUGGCUAUUGGGGGCCUAGACUAUUCGAUUAAAAAGAUUUUGGUUAAUGAUGAGUUCAUAGAUAUGACUCAAUUGGCUCAUAAGGUUAAAAGAGUAGAGAAACUAAGACUUGAGAAAUACGAGCCUGAAGAAGUUUUUCAAGGAGAAGAAAGUUCAUGCAUAAGAGCCACUCAAAGUCCUGAAAUUGAUCAAGAUGAAAUUGAUCAAUCUGAUGAGGAUAGUGGUAGUGAUGAAAAUGAGGUGAAUAUGGCUGAAUUUAAGCCAAAGUCUCCCUAUACUUAUGAAGGUGAGAGCAAAGGAAAAUUUCCAGCAAAAUCCUAUAAAGGAUUGAAGACUACAAGUGACUAUCAGAAGGUUAUGGUGAAAAGGAGCCAGAAUUUGCCAAGGACCUCAAGCCCAAAAGGGGUUGGCUGA